CAUUACAUCUAAACAAAUAUCUACCUGCUUCCUUCUCUUCUCUGCAACUCCUCAUCUGAUUAAUAACAAACGUCAAAGCAUUUCUUCAUUUUUACGUUUAUUUUUAUUUUUACAAUCUUUCGUUACUCUCAAAGAAUCUGAAGCAUCAAAGAUCAAAGCUCUAAGUAAAUAUGGAGAUGGGUUUCCAGGAAAAUCAGCAAAACCAAGAACUUACAAAUCUCAUGGAGAUUGGAUCUGGGCAUUACGGGUGCUCACAUUACAGAAGACGAUGUAAGAUUAGAGCACCUUGUUGUGAUGAAGUUUUCGAUUGUAGACACUGCCACAACGAAGCUAAGGACUCUCUUCAAACUGAACAGCUUCUUAGACAUGAUCUCCCUCGACAUGAUGUUUCAAAGGUCAUUUGCUCGCUUUGUGAGACAGAACAAGACGUCCAGCAGAACUGCAUCAGUUGUGGCGUAUGUAUGGGGAAGUACUUUUGCUCAAAAUGCAAGUUCUUUGAUGAUGAUCUUACCAAGAAGCAAUAUCACUGCGAUGAAUGUGGGAUUUGCAGGACCGGAGGAGAAGAAAACUUCUUCCAUUGCAAAAGAUGUCGGUGUUGCUACUCCAAAGUCAUGGAGGACAAGCAUCGAUGUGUAGAAGGCGCAAUGCAUCACAAUUGCCCUGUUUGUUUUGAGUAUCUGUUUGAUUCCACAAGAGAUAUCACGGUGUUGAGAUGUGGUCACACAAUGCAUUUACAAUGCACCAAAGAUAUGGGGCUGCAUAACCGAUACACAUGCCCUGUAUGUUCUAAAUCCAUAUGUGACAUGUCUAACAUGUGGAAGAAACUUGAUGAAGAGGUUGCUGCAUACCCAAUGCCAAAAGUGUACGAAGACAAGAUGGUAUGGAUACUUUGCAAUGACUGUGGUUCAAACUUGAAUGUUCGGUUUCAUUUGAUCGCGCAUAAGUGCACUAGCUGCGGUUCCUACAACACUAGACAGACGCAGAGAGGACCUGAUGCUACUCACUCUUGCUCUUCAGGAGUUCCUCAGAUUGUUGGUUCAACCGGUUAAUCAAGACCUGAACCGGAGCUGGUUUGGUGUCUGAAUUUCCCAAGGGAGAUUGCUUGUGUACUUACUUAACUAUACCAGCACAUAUUCAAAUGCAUAUGACGACUGUGUUAUAACCAAUUCGACUCGCGGGUCUAGAUGAUCAUCUAUAAUAAACGUAAAAAUAGAUUCUGAGA